AUGCCUCCAAAACCCGCAGACCAAAAGAAGAAACGCGGUCGUCCUUCCAACGCGUCCAAGGUCGACGACGCGUCGGCAGCAUCCCCAAGCGCUGCGGAUGCUGAGCCCACCACCCAGGCCGAGGGUGCCGACGAUACCCCAAAACCAGCACGACGAGGGAGACCAAGCAAAAGAAAGGAAGCAGAGCCAGAGCUCGAACCUGAACCCGAGCCAGAGCCAUCACCUACAGACGCCUCCAAGCCCAAGAAGCGGGGCAGGCCUCGGCGCGAAGAGGUCAACGAAGCUACGGCUGAGAGUCCCGAGCCUUCAGAGCCGUCUCAAGCGAAGAGAAAGAAGAGAACCGCUGUGAGGGGAGAAGAUAACGAGCCUGGGGACCAAGAGCCAGCUCCUGCAGAGAAGCCAGGCAAGGGUAAGGCCGGCCGACGAGCCGCAAAGGAGUCUCAAGAGGAAGUCGAGGUCGAACAAGCGGACGCAGGAAAUGCGGGAACGAAGAGGCGCGGACGGCCAGUCAAGGUCGCCGAAGAGCAGCAAGAGGAAGAGCCGGCGCCGGAACCAGCUACCAAGCGGAAACGUGGUCGUCCGUCACUGAAUAAGCAGGCCGUUGAAGCUGCAGAAGAGCCGGAUGCUGCAGAGGAGGAGGCAGCCCCUAAGAAGCGUGGAAGAAAGCCCAAAGAAAGGGCAGCUGAAGCUGAAGAGAACGCCCCUGAGGAGGAAGCAUCACCUGAAGCAGUCCCGAAGAAGAAGCGCGGACGUCCAGCUGCGGGUGACAAGGAACAGCCCUCGCCAGAAAGAGAAGCACCCGAGAAGGAAGCACCUGCGAAGAAGAAGCGUGGCCGUCGCUCUCUUCAAUCUCAGGAGGAUUCUCAAGAAGCCUCACAACCCGAACCAAAGGACGGCCGCAGGCGCAAAUUUAAGCAACCGACUCCGGCUGAGGAGCAGCAUACAGAGAAGCCGACUAAGAAGCGGCGUAACAAGCCCUCCCAAGAGGAACAACCUGAGGAACCCUCGCCAGACACAGCACGCCGCCGCAGAGAUCGUCCGCGCACCUCCGAUGCAUCAGUGGAUCAAGAAGACCAACCUGCAAAACCUCGCAGAUCCAAGAAGCGCCCCGCAGAACCCUCUGAAGAAGCCCCUGAGCAACCAAAGAAACGUCGCCGCCGCACAUCCGACGAGCAACAAGAACAGCAACAGCAACAACAAAAACAGAAAGACGCAGCCCCAACCCCCAAACCCCGCCGUCCGCCUGCGAAAUACCGUCACAUCACCGAACGCGUCCGCCAGAUCCCCCGCUCGACAAUCGAGGAAAAAUGGUCUCCCCUCCUCCCCCCUUCCCUAUCCCUCAUCUCCAGCAUGCUGCGACUCGCAGAACGCCCCGUCCUCCAGCGCCUUGCCUCCAACGAGAAACGCCGCGACCAGGCCUCCUCCGCCCUCCGCCUCGUUACGAACCGCCUCAACAAGAAACUCUCCCGCGGCCUCCCCUUCCCGCCGGCCUCGGCGCCGCCCCGCGCGGGCAGGAAGAGCCAGAACGACGACGCCGGCCGCGCGGAGGAGCUCGACUUUGAGCGCGUCGUCGACAGCGUGCGGUCGCUCGAGAGACAGCUCGACCCGCUGCUUCACGCCGUGCGGCUGCUCGAGACCGAGAAGGAGCGCGAGGAGCGCGCUCUCGAGGAGGACUACAAGACUCUCAGCACCCUGGAGGCCAACGCCAAGUCCGAGGCGAGGAACUUCAAGGACAACCUACGCAAGACGCACGUUCUUGUUCCAGAGCAGAACAAGGGCGCCAAAGACUGGGCCGUGGGGGAUGAAGACUUUAAGUUCGUCCCCAACGAAAACGUGGGCGAUGGUCUUUUCAGGGAUCUCGAGGACGAGGAGCUCCAAGGGUUGGCCAGUCAAGUGGGCAAUCACAUGGAGAGCAUGCGCAACAACCUCCAGCAGAUCGAGGGCGUCGUGCCGCAGAUCGGGAAGAGCAGGGCUGCGCUCCAGGACGUGCUGUUCAGGCACCUUGAUCAGCAGGCUUACGAGAACGUCUUGUUUGGUUAA